AUGUCCGACUACACGUACGCCGCCCUCUACCUCUACUCCAGCAAGGUGGGCGCGCCCGUGCCCCUCGACAACAGAGCCUCGAGGACCGCGCGGCGAGAGAAGCACGCCCGGCGCCCCAACUCGACGUCGGACGCUCCCACGCUGCCCAGCUCCAGCUCGCAGCGACACUCGCGCAGCUCCAGCAGCCACUCGCAGCUGUCCAGCUCCAGCUCCAGCGCCCACGGCCCCGCCGCCAGCGCCUCCGUGGGGCUCGACAGCGCCAGCCCGCGGCUCAGUCCAGCGACCUCAGCGACCAGCUCCGGCGCCAACACCGCUGCGACCAGCACUGCUACUACCGCCAACACCAGCGCUGCAGGGACCAUCAACGCUACCACCACCACCAAGCCCAGCGUCGGCAAAAUCAGCACCAGCGUUGGCGCCAGCUCAUCACCACCAUCAUCAUCAUCAGCACCAGCGCCAGCAGCUUCAGCCUCUGCCGCCGCCGCCUCCUCCUCCUCCUCCCACUUCCCUCCUCCCUCUUCUCCCGCCGUCGCGCAGACCCCGACC